AUGGCCCUGAGCUACCCCAUGGCCAUGGGCCCCAACAAGGGCCACAAGGUGACCAAGAACAUAAGCAAGUUGAGGCACAGCUGCCGCCGUGGGUGCCUGACCAAGCACACCAAGUUUGUGGGGGACUCGAUCCGGGAGGUGUGUGGCUUCGCUCCCUAUGAGCUGCGUGCCAUGGCGCUGCUCAAGGUCUCCAAGGACAAGCGGGCGCUCAAGUUCAUCAAGAAACGGGUGGGGACACACAUCCGUGCCAAAAGGAAGCAUGAGAAGCUGAGCAACGUCCUGGCUGUCCUGAGGAAGGCGGCGGCCAAGAAGGACUAA